AUGCGUACCCUGCUCGUUCUCCUAUUGCUGAUUGUUGCUGCCUCAGCAGAUGGUUGCAAGGGUGGUCGCCUCCCCGAAUGCCCCCCGGGGCCAUUAGGGUAUCCAUUUCAACAAGGCGAAAAGGACAACUGGCCCUGGAGGGUGAAUAAAUCCGAUGGGAAAGGCGGCAAGCCGAAGGUCGAAGAUCGUCGCGAAAAA